AACCUCAUUGAGGCAGUUAUAUUCUGUUUGAGAUAGACAGAGAUACAUCAUGGUUGAGCCAGCAAAGCCAGCACCCAAGAAGGGAUCCAAGAAAGCAGUGACAAAAGCUCCAGGAAAAGGAGGCAAGAAGCGCAGAAAGACCAGGAAGGAGAGCUAUGCCAUCUACGUGUACAAGGUGCUGAAGCAGGUCCACCCCGAUACCGGUAUCUCGUCUAAGGCGAUGGGCAUCAUGAACUCUUUCGUGAACGACAUCUUCGAGCGCAUCGCUGGGGAGUCUUCCCGCCUGGCUCACUACAACAAGCGUUCCACCAUCACCUCCAGAGAGAUCCAGACCGCAGUGCGUCUGCUUCUGCCCGGCGAGCUGGCCAAGCACGCUGUGUCUGAGGGAACCAAGGCCGUAACCAAAUACACCAGCUCCAAGUAGAGCGUUAUAUUAACACACUCCAACUCAAAGGCUCUUUUAAGAGCCACCCACCUCUUCUUUGAAAAGUCUAUCCAAUGUUUUUAUUUAUUUUUUAUUUUAAUCUCGUUCCAUGUAAACUGCUUAAUUCUCUAUACACUUUGCCUUGCAAUAAUACAAUAAGUGUUUUUAAAAAGGACAAGUGAACGGCGACCCAAGCUGCGCUGUGGUCAAAAAUCUUGUCUUCAGGAUGGUCUCAGACCGUUUAACUGCAUAGCACGUAGCCUGGGCCAGUGAUCAAUUCAUUAUAGUGGUGUAUAAUCCUCAAAAAUAAAUAAAAAUACGCACAG